AUGGCAACACAAGCCCGAGCGAUCCGGCUAACCGGCCGGGCUGACGGGGUCGAGCUCGGACCGCCAGCCCACGAGCCGUCGACUCAGGCGUCCGCCCUCCCGCCAAUAUCGCGCAGGAAGCAAGCCGCGGUCCUCUGCUCCGCCUUCGUAGCGAUCGCCCUUACUAUAGGCUACAACCAGUGCUUCGGGGUCUUCCAAGAGUACUAUCUCUCGUCCGGCCAGGAUGUACUCGUGCCAUCCCCGGCCUCACAGGCCUCGCCGCCAACAGCGCUGCUUGCCUUCGUGGGCACGCUGUGCUACGGACUGACCUGGGCCGGAGGCAUCCUCGUCAACCCGGUGAUAUCCCGGAUUGAGCAUGGCAUCUGGGCUCCGACAACGCCGUCCACGCGGCUCUGGCGUCGUAGGGUCCUACGCCUGUCGACCCCGAGGACCAUCACCGUGUCCGGAGUCUUGAUCAUGUCGGCCGCGCUCACCCUGGCAUCCUUCAGCCGGACGAUCCUCGCGGGCGGCGGCGCAGGCGGCCUUCUCCUCUCCCCCGCCAUCCGCGCGCUCCUCAGCUCCGUCGGCGGCCGCUGGACGCUGCGCAUCUACGCGCUCUUCAACCUGCUCGCGGGACUGCCCGUCGCCUGGGCCGUGCCGCGCAGCCGCUUCGCCUCCUCCCCAGCCUUGGGCGCAGCAGCAGCCGCAGCAGCGGACGAUCACCCUGCUACUCCUCCUCCUCCUCGCCCGAGCACGCACAUCUCCCGCGCCCUGGCCGCGCGCCCCACCUUCCUCCUCUCAGCAGCAGCAGCCUUCCUGCAAGCGGCCGGCGCCACGCUGCCGCUGUCGUUCAUCCCGGCAUACAGCGUGGCUCUCGGCCUGGGCGCGGCGACGGGCGCCAACCUGCUGGCGGCCAGCAACGCGGCGAACGCGGCCGCGCGCGUGCUGGCCGGCUACGCGGGCGACCGGCUCGGCCGGCAGAACACGCUCGUGCUGACGCUGCUGGCGGCCGGCGCGAGCGUGCUCGCGUGCUGGCUGACGAGCGCGCUGGCGAAGGGAGGCGGCGGCGCGCGCGGGCCGUGGCUGGCCUUCGUCGCGCUGUAUAGCUGCUCCGCCGGCGGGUACUACGCGCUGUUCCCCGCGCUGGUGGCGGAUGUGUUUGGCAUCCGGCAGUAUGCGGCCGUGAAUGCGUUCAUCUUGUUCGUGCGGGGGCUUGGGACUAUGUUUGGGAGCCCCGUGGGUGGCAGGCUGCUGGGCGGCGCGGACGAGGGGCCGCGGGCGUAUGCGAGCAUUGCGUACUGGGACGGGGCGCUCUUGAUGGGUGCUGCGGUGUGUUGCGUUGGGGUGCGCUGGGCGGAUGCGAAGGGGAAGGGGUGGAAGUGGGUUGCGUGA